AUGGAUGAAUAUAAAACUUCUGAAUCAAAUACCGAAGAAACUAAUAAGUCUUUAGAAGAAAAUAUUGUACAAGAACUUGAACAAAUUGCAGAAUAUAUACGAGAUGCAUAUUCAAAAGAAGAAUUUGGUAACGUUGCUGAGCAAAUACAUAUAUUUGCUGAUUUAAUACAUGAUAUACUCAACAAUAUACAACCAAAAGCACAAACAAUUCAAAAAAUCAAAGAUAUAUUAAUAAAUACGGAGCUUGCUUCAUUAAUUGGAGAAAAUAUAUGCAAUAAAAAUAAAGGGGUACUUUUCGAUUGUGUACAUCUCCUUUAUUCAGUCUCUUUUAACAACGAUUUACUCUUAAUUUUUGCAGAAUACGAUAUUUUAGCAGAAUUAUGCAAGUUUUUCUUAACAUGGCCACGAAGUAAGUGGUUAGAAAUAAUUGUUGUUAUUACAAGCUUAAUAAAAUUCCAAACUUCAAUAGAUGAUUUAAUUUCUCAUUUCCCAGACAUACAAGCUAAGCUCUCUAUGUAUCCUGGAGGCAUAAUGCUUUAUGUGCAACUAUCCAAUCAGUUAUUAAUGCAUUUUCCAGAUCCAAAUUUGAUUUUACCAAUUGUAGAUGGUUUUUGCACAAUUGUAGAUGAUCUUCCGUUCCCAGAAACUUACGACUGUAUCUCCCGUAUGAUACAUAUCGAAGAAAACGUUUGUGAACUCAUUAUUGAACGAAAUAUUCUUCAAAGAAUUGUUGAUUUAUGCACAAUACAAAGGAUGAAAUCAGAAGAUGUGAGUUCCCCUAUGCGAAUAAUCGCUAAAAUUGCUUUACAUUGCGAAUCAAACGUUAUUUCGCAAUACGGCUUUUUGUAUUCAGUUGCUGAAGCUCUUAUUAAUUCAGAUGUAGAGAACAAAAUCAUUUCUGGCAUAAAAUUCAUUAUUUCAAUGCUUCCAGAUAAUUUCAACACAUUAAUUACAUUUGUGACAGAAGAUAACUUACUGGGAUUGAUAGCAUCGUUUAUGUCGACAGGAUCUCUAAAGUUGAAGAAGAAUUCAGCAAAAUUAAUGUGUAAAUUAAUAAAAUCAACGAACGAAUCAAUAAUUAGCUUAUCAAUUGUAUACAACAUACCAAAACUUAUGAUUCCCAUCUUAGAAAAUGAUUUGGCAGAUGUUUACGAAAUUUUAACUUUUUACUUGAUUACAUUUCAAUAUGUUGACAAUGAUAUAGCUAAGAAAGAUGAAAUGAUCAAUAUGUUGAAUGAAGUUGAAGGAAUCGAUGCUUUUCAUGAUUGCUAUGAGAGUGAUAAUGAUAACAUUCAUUAUUUGGCAGAAGAAGUGCUAAAAUAUGUUGAGUAA